AUGGAUCACGAUGUCCGCCAUUCUAUAGCACAGGAAGGGGACGACGGGGCGGCUGCUAGGGCUGAUGCCUCGCCAGGAGAGGCACAGCGAGCGGUUUCUUCCUUCUACUGUCUGCCUGCCAAAGUCAUCGAGCAGAUUCUAUAUACCGUGGAUGCGAAUACAUUCGCGUCUCUAGCCCUUUUGAACCGCCAAUGGAGGCGGAUAUCGGACACCCCAGAGCUCUACGCCCAUCAUAUAUCCCGAUGUCCUCUCUUCUCAGUGACGCGAGACGUCAUCGCUGAUCCCUUGCGGCCACAAGACUUGCCCUUAUUGAAGAGGACAUUCGCUCGAGAAAUCCGACGAAAUGCCUUUGAAGUGUUCCUUCGACCCACAAAAACCCUAGUCAGUCUGAUUUCGACGUCGACCGGCUCCUCCACUGCACUUCCCCAGGGCGAGGCUCUGAAGUUUUCCUUCUCCCCCAAUGGACAGAUCCUGCUCUGCCUCAGCUCGUCGAGAAUCUUCGUGCUCGAUGUCGCAUCACCUCGGAUUACGGUGAUGCAUGAAUUGAAGACUCUGAGAAUGCCUCUGGCGGCGACGAUUCUCGACGAUGGCAAGCUCCUUGCCGUGGUCUCGUCUAGGCACCAGGUGAAUAUCUACCAUCUUUCUAAGGAAGAGGCACAACAUGUCCAGAGCUUCACUCUGAACGACGUCCCUCGAGCCCUUACCCUGUCCCCAACCGGAAGUGUUCUCGCCGUCGCGUACGAUGGAAGUAUCGAAGUAUACGCCUUGGGAGAGAACGACCUCGCAACGCAGCGAAGAGCGGUGCGUUGUAUCGGAGUCGACACCCUCUCAUUCACCUCCGACGGGACCAUGCUGAUCGGAUCAUCUGUGGACCCCUCCAGGGCGGAGGUCGUCACGAUUACGGCCUCCUUUCCCACAGAUUCCGCGGUGGAUGUUGGCUCAAGUAAUGCACAGGGUCAGAUUUGGACAACUCAGAUACUCUUCCCCGAAACGAUUUCGGGCUACAGUCAUGUGUCUCUGUUUCCUGGUCAUGUCGGAGGCGAGGACAAUUGGAUUGUAGGAUUUGACCACGAGAUCGGGGCAUUCCGUGCGGUUCGAGCAAACGAUGCGAAAACGGGGGCUACGUUCUUCAUUGGACCGACAUCCAAUGAUGGGUUACAGGAACCACAACCGGCUCUUAGUCCAGCAGUGGACCCCAACGGUGAACUUGUUGCUUUAGCAUUCCAAGGUUGUGGGGUUUGGUUGUACGGGCUGCCUGAUCACGUCGGUCUUACUCCAUUGGAAGCGAAUGGGACCCUCGGCGUGAACGGCACGCGGAUCUUCACGCAGUCGUCCCCUGAUUCCCCUUCAGAUGAUGCUCUGAUAGCGGAUGGGACCAACUUUCGCCGACUGCAGAGGGAGAUUACUCAGCCAAGCCUGCUGAUUCGCGGUUAUAAAGUGGCCGACAUUCCCGGGCUGACGGCAGCUCGUUGGGUUGGGCAACGCUCCUCUGCUGAGAGCACUGGUCCAGGCUGUCACAGGCUAGUCGCCGUGGCUCCGGGCGGUGUCAUCUCCUCGUCCUUGGGGGAUGAGGCCAUUCCGGCCGAUGGUGGAAGGAUCUUUAUCUUUGACUUUGAGCCUUCGCCAAGGGACGGCGGGUCAGUGGAGGUAACUCUGGAGUUGGGAGAGGCCGAACCCAAAAUUCUAAAAGAGCAGAAUGCGAACCUUGAACAAGAAGUGGAGCUGGAGAGGAGGAGAACGCAGCUACGUCGCGGUGUCGUCGGCUCGCCGCGCUCUAACGUUGGGGAUAGACCAGGGAGCCUUUCUCGUCAAUCCUUCCCGAUCGCUAGGAGCAGCUCGCAGAAAUUUGCACACAGCAGCCAACGGGGGAGUCGUUCCCAGGCGAGCUCGCCAAUCGGGGAGGAGUUUGGAGACCUCACACUGUUUCUCGAUGGUCCUUACAGCAACACCGCGCCACGGUCUCGAGAUACGCUACAUCGCGCGGCUACAGCUGCGGCAGCUAGUCGUAGGAACCAGGCUCGAUAUCGCGCCCAGGAGAAUUCCGAUCCAGUCGAACCGCAGAUUCCCCAUGAAAGCGAUGCAGACAACUGGGUUCCUCCGCCUCCUCCGUAUACGCGAGACCCGGAAGAGCCUCUUCCUGAGCACAUCAGGCGACUUCUUCUUCCGACCAUGAUGGAACCGGCUGGAACGGUCAUGGACGCGCCUGUCGAAAUCCGGAGGGCCCAUACGACAGUUGAUGACACGAUGGGCGAAGAGAGUGGGCGACCCCGGACUCGUCUUGAACGAAUCGGCUCCAUCAGUGGAUCUAGGCUUCUCAGACGGAGGCGGAGUGCUCGAGGGACAUCGAAUGCUGGAGAUGUUCCGGCCAGCAGACGCAUGAGCCUGCGGCUCAGUAGGCGGGAGUCAAUCUUUGGUACAACCACGUCACAGCCCACUCUACAAGCUCCAGGAACAGAACAAAUUCCCCCGGUUCCUCCAGUGCCUCCAGUUCCUUCAGCUGCCCCAAUUCCUUCCGUCGCGCCCGUUCCGCCUGUUCCUCCAGUCCCCCCAGUCCCACAAGUUCCUAUUCCUGGUCUUUCUCCGCUACCGCCAACUACUGCCGGUACUUUUACUACUCAAUCAACCGGUCCUCAGAGGAGGAAAUCGCAAUUCCGCUCUUCACGUUUGACUGCGGGCCUUCUGCAUCGGGCAGGGAGCCGAACUGGGAGGCGGGAUCAGGCGCAAGAGUCGGGAAAUAUUCCCGGGAUUGAUAGAAGCCAUUCAAGAGCGAGUCAUACGUUUGCCCAAUCGUCACCUCACCUCCCCCUGGGAGAAUCGACUGUGCACCGGAUGAACACAAUCCUCAGUUCCGACUAUCGAGGCGGCCAGGGUGAUGUCCACCGGUCCCGUUCUCGGUCAGAGGACAUCCAAUCGCCCCUGCGACUGACUCAGGAGAAUAUCCAGAGUCUGCAGCAGACAGAGGCAGGUCAGAACCUGUUUGCACGACCCAACCCAGACGAGCACCGUAAUUGGCAGGCCGCAGAGAUGGAAGCGUGGCGGGCGCGCAUCGAGCAGUGGAAUCUCCAAACGAUCAACGAGAGACGCAAGAGCCGCAGCAAAUGCACGGUUAUGUAG